GGCCAGGGCCCUUCACAAGAUGGCGGGAGGGCGGGUCGGAAGUGACGGCGUGAGGAAGUUCCGUCCCGUUUGAAAGCGCCCGGCGGAGCUGCUGGUGGCCUUUUCCCGCCGCCCGGGCCGACGUGGCUGCCUUCGCUAUGGAGCCGCAGCCCGCAGGAGCAGAGCCAAUGACUCUUGGCUCCCCGACAUCUCCAAAACCUGGAGCUAGUGCUCAGUUUCUUCCUGGAUUCUUGAUGGGCGAUUUACCUGCGCCAGUGACUCCGCAACCACGUGCUUUAAGCGGCCCUUCAGUUGGUGUAAUGGAAAUGAGGUCUCCACUACUUGCAGGAGGAUCUCCCCCACAACCAGUAGUCCCUACGCAUAAAGAUAAAAGUGGUGCUCCACCAGUUAGGAGCAUAUAUGAUGAAUUAUCUAGUCCAGGACUUGGAUCAACACCUCUAACCUCAAGACGACCAGCCAGCUUUUCUCUAACACAGAGCCCAUUGGUUGGAACUAUGCCAUCAACUCCUGGAACAGCUUCGAGUAUGUUCAGUCCCGCAAGUAUUGGGCAGCCUAGGAAGACUACUCUAUCUCCUGCUCAGCUAGAUCCUUUUUAUACUCAGGGUGAUUCCCUGACUUCAGAAGAUCAACUUGAUGACACAUGGGUAACGGUAUUUGGAUUUCCUCAAGCAUCAGCUUCAUAUAUUCUUCUACAGUUUGCUCAGUAUGGAAACAUAUUAAAGCAUGUGAUGUCCAACACAGGAAACUGGAUGCAUAUUCGAUACCAGUCUAAGCUUCAAGCCCGGAAAGCCUUAAGCAAAGAUGGAAGAAUUUUUGGUGAAUCUAUCAUGAUUGGUGUCAAACCAUGUAUAGAUAAAAGUGUGAUGGAAAACUUUGAAAGGAGCUCUACAUCCUCAAUUUCUUCAGUUUUCACUCCACCUACAAAAGCUGUCAGCACACCAGUACAACCUGCAAACAAUACUACAAGGAUUUCUACAAUGAGACCUCUUGCAACAGCAUAUAAAGCUUCCACUAGUGACUAUCAGGUGGUUUCUGACAGACAAACUCCUAGGAAAGACGAAAGUAUUGUAUCUAAAGCAAUGGAAUAUGUGUUCGGCUGGUAAUACACAAGAAGAAGUAACACACUAAGUUGGUCAGGGUUUGAAAUAUGCUACUGGCAUCUGUGGUUAGUUGUAUAACUACUGGUGGCAGUAUUUUAACUUGCAUCUCACCUGUUAUGCCUUCAGUUAAUUCAGCAGACAUGUAGCUUGCACUUUAAAUGAUGGCAAUGUACACACGGUUUUAAAAACUGAGUAAGUGUAAAUAUAAGUGCUUUUUUUCCCAUUUGUGCUCUGAUUGCAUGAUUGUAGAAAAAAAUAUCAGCACUGACUUUUCUUCUGUAAUUACUUUCUGUGAAUUCCUUCCCAGUAAGUUGGAAAUGUUUAAAAUGGCAGCUUUAUUUACUGAUGCCUUUAAUUUUAUUGUUGGGGUUUUUUUUCUGGAAAGAUGAUGGGCUACUUGCAGGAAGAACACUAUGCACAGCUGGCUCCCAGAGACAGGGACUUUUCUUAGUAUAUGUGAUUUUAAUUUUUUUAUUAGGAUUCAUUGCUGUUUUAUAAUUAUCUCUGGCAUUGUGUUCUAAAUGUCAUAACAACCUUUUAACUCUUUGUUUUAAUAAUAAAGCUAAAUAAAGUUAAGUUUUUCAUAGGUUGUUUUUUAAAAAAGUAUGAGUUCUGUUAGGAAAAACUAUUCGCAGUACUGUUAAUGAAGUGUGAUGCUGCCUGAUGUUUAUUAAAGUGUUAUCAGCAGAGUAGAUGCUGCUGAUCUUUACUGAAGUAGUACUAACCAGCGUUAAAACUAGCUAAUGUUUAAAUGUUGUCUCCAUGGGUAUUCUGUAGCAGUGUGUACUUAACAGGUAACAAACCAGUAUUCUAAGCUAUAAAAUGUUGAGUUGAAAUAGCUGAAUAGAAAAACGCAAUGUGUCAGUGGCCAGAGCUGCUUUCAUUUCAAGACUUGUCUAAGAAAUUUUGUCUAAGGUAUUGGCUGAAUGAUGAUUUUUUUUUUUUUUAAAUUGAACUUGCCCCCACCUUGAAGUUUUCUUUUGGAGGUGAGCCUCUCAAGUAAUCAUGUGUGUCAUGUAAGCUCAUAGUCUUGGAGAUAAAGGUCUCUUUCACCUGGGAAGAGAGCAAUUUUUGGGGGAAAGUACAUGCAACUAUUACCUUUUUUUAUUUUGUGGCUGUGUUAGUGUGGGUCAACAUCAGCAUUUUAGUUUGGGUCAAUAGUGUGUUGGUCAGGUGAAUAUCCAGUCAUUCCAUUUCCAUGCUUUGCUUCACACUGCAGUGUGGUCUCAAAGUUCUUCAGCUGCAUUUCUCUGAUGAAAUUAGAUUGAAAGAUUAGUCCAGGAGCAUGCCUUAUGUCCCUCAGAUGCUAAUGGGCAUCCAGUUUACAGGGUUAAGCUAGAGGUAGUCCUGAGUAAAAUCCCCAAAGCACUUAGUGAGAAGUCAGGUUUCUACCUCAUGGCACUUUGUGCUUCAUUGUAUGCUUUAGAAUUAACCUACAUGCAGGCAGAUUCAGAGAUUUUUGAGAUGCAUUUUACUGUAUUUGCUGGCUGAUGCUUUUGGAAUAUUGGUUGCUACUCAUCCAUUUGCUUUUGAUCAGAGGGAGCUGCUCAAACCUAAUUAAUAUCUGAAUGUGUUUUCUCAGAAUACAUCUGGCUUUUUCUUGGUGAAAAAAAUUUGUCAUGCAGAUGACUUCAGAAAGAAAAUACAUAGUUCAGCUAAAUUUUUGUUUUGCUAGUUGCUUUGCAAAUAAACUUUUGGUGCACUUCAGACUUGUAAUGAUUUGUAUAGGAUUUAGUUUAGUGAAGUGAUGAAGAAUAAGAUUAAACUCGGAUCAAGUAAGUCUGAGGCUAAAUACAUAAGUUGGAGCCAAAGUCAGUAGUUUGGCUGACCUGUUUUACCAAUAAGUACCAGAAUUAAAACUCUGCUAAGUUGUGGGUUUUUUCCCAGUUGUUUACCUUAGUCUCUUGUUUCUCAUAGCUUUAGGAAUGAUUUUACUAAUAGGUCAUUGCAGCUUCCUUAGAGUAAAAGCACUUGGGAGCAGCAGAUGUUGUUUACUUUGGUAGUAAAUAGGAGAAGAAAACUUAGAACAUGUAAAUCUGUGUACUUCUGGACAGUGUAAUUAAGAAAUUAUUUUUAUAUGGCUUCUGCUGGUAAGACUUACUGUGUUGUCUUAGUGUUGAGUGCUAGUUAAACUCUGGUAUCAAUGGUUUGGGCUUAGGAAAUACAAGAACAUUACAGUCCCACAGUGCACAAACCACUGCACAGCUUUGUUGCAAUGUGUUCAUGAUAAUAUCAUUCUUAAUUAUAUAAGUGUACAGGGGCCAUGUGUGAAAGGGUAGAGGAUAUUGAGCAGUACAUGCAUGAAGAAUCUCUGAAACACUUGGAAGGUCUUCAAGUAAACCUUUUCAAGGCUAGCUACUGUUGUUAGGUAGCAUUGCAUUUAAAAAUCCAAUUCUUUCUAUUCGUUAACUAUGUACCUGCUGCUUUGCAAUAAGGAAGGAUUCUUUUCUAGCUGUGGUUAGAUGUGAUUUACAUUAAAACCAAAGUUAUGGACGUCAGCUAGUGGUGUGUAACAUACUAAUGAAACUCAGUUCUGGUUUCAGUUGUAUGGAGUUUCUUGUAAGACUGCAGACUACAUUUUUCAUAGGAUUAUGGCUUUAGUUUAAAAUAAAACUCAUCAAUACUUAUUUUCUGUUGUCUGCCUCCAUCACAAGCAUGUUACUCAGGGAUCCAAUUCACUUCUCUUAGUAUAUAGAGCUGCACAGUUUUAAAUUCUAGAAGGACGUGUUGUAUUGUUUCAAUGGUAAUUUCACUACAAUUUUAACUUCUUUUUUGGUAAAGACUUUUAUAACUUGGAGACAGUUUAUUUUUGUCCUCUGUUUUCACUCCAGCCCCUCCUCAAUUUAGCUUUCUAGUAACUUUCAAAGUGAGUGAUAUUUAUUUGGGUAAUCCACGUAUAUUUAUGUACCAGAAAAUGAAGAUCAAAUGUUAGAGUAUGUCAUGUCUGCCUCUUAUUUCAUGUUUUUGGCAUCUACCUCCACCCUGUGGCUGUUCUUCAGAACUUUAAUGAGAGGUUUAACUAAUACUGAAUGGAAUAUGGUAUCUUAAUUAUGCUUUCAUUAGUGCAUAAACAAUACUGUAAGAAAGUAGCAGUGCUCAGAUGUCUCUUAGAUGAACUGUUUUUGUAAUAAAGGAAGAAAGGACAAAGAUGACUUUACUAAAUAUCUUAAUUGGGAGUAAUUCAGAUUUCUAAAUAUUGCUUCAAUGAAAUGGUUCUUAAACUUUAUUUAAAAUCUUACCAGUAUUCACUCAUCUCCAUUUUGAGAUGGAUAAAUUGACCAAAUGAUAUUUUAGCAGAAUAUACCACAAUAUCCAUUUUGUAUGAACACAAUUGCCUUUUUUCUGAUAGGCUGAGUACAUGUCUAAAAAUACAAGGCUUGCAUCAGUUUUCUUUAAUUUGACUGUAGAUGACUAGAUCAUGGAUGAGUCUGCAAAAAUGUACUGCUUAAAUAUGUUUAGAAGUUGUAAGCUGUUCUGUUGUUGAGUGAAAACAAAACAAACUGGCUUACAAACAACUUGGAAUCAGGAGUUGGUUUACUGAAUUUCAGACUGCAGGUGAGAAGGCUCUGGAAUAAAUAUUCUAGAUCUCUAGUAAAAACAUCAGUCCUCAGGCAACUUCAUGGCUUUGUGGUAAUGCCUUUUUUUAACUGUUUGGACAAGAGUAAAAGGUGUUCUUUUGAUGUGGUGUGUCUCUCUAAGUAUCAAAGUGCAAACAGUACUGACUGUCAAACUUCUGUUAGUCUUAAUAAAUUAGAGUUCAGCUGGUGAAGUUACCUUUAAAAAUGAAUGCAUAAUUAAUAACUUUGUAAAAUGUGUUUGGCCUUCUGUUAAGGAAUCCUUUGACUCAAGUAUGUUUUUGUGUAAUGCAUAUUAACUGUGCUUCUAUCAACAAAGUAAUAUUUUCCACUUUUCUGCAAGUAAAACUCAUGUUGAGAUCAAGAGCAUGUCUGAGAAGCUGUAAAUUCUUAUGUUCGGUAUAAUGUCAUCAAAUACCUUGAUUCUUCUUCAGGUUCUUCAGUUUUGUAAGUGAGCUUUCAGCUUAAAUAAAGAGUUUAUUGCUUAUGUAAGCAGAUGCAGUUAAAGUGACCCCAAAAUUCUGGUCUGUGUAGAUGAAGUGCCGGUUUUUGUUCAUUACAGUCCUCUUGUGUGUGAAGUUGGAGACUUUUCUGAUUAGAAACAGCAUGAAAGUAAGGAAUUGCUCUGAACAGUCAUUGUUUUAUUUUGCUCAGUUGUUUAUCACAUCAGAUUUUGGUAUAGUUCACUGCAGAAAUCGGUUUACGAACAUCCUUUUCAUUGUAGGGUUUAACUGAAUUUUCAAUAUGAAAAAUACAGAACUUUUUCAGUGAUUUUUUUUUUUUUUCCCUUUCUAUUGUGUAUGUCAGCCACCUAAUUAGCAUCUUGUUUAGCUGCCUUUGGAGCCCUGUGUGUUCUGCGAGAAUUCUGCAACAAGGGACAGAUUAAAUUCCAAAAAAAUGCUGUUUUCUUUUUCAAGGAUCUUUCCAAACCCCUGGUGUUAAGAAGGUAACUUUGAAUACAUGAAGCAAGGAUAAUGUGACAAAUGGUUGUCUGUGGAGAUCUUGGAAAUGGUAGUUCUGUAGUGUGGAUUAUCCAGUUAUUAUUAAUAGACUAUUUGUUUUGAAACCUGAAGAUAGUCCAAAACUGGUUAUCGGGUAAAGUGCUGUAGCUGAAUAUUUUAGUUCGAACCCAGACUGGGGAGGUUUUUUUUUUUGAGUUCUAGUGUGUUAACUGGUCGUUGUUCUUUUGCCAAAACUCCCAUUUCCUCCUGGCAGCUAAACAUAUAGCUGGCUUGAAAGAAUCAUGGUUGCGACAGCGGCUGUCAUGACAUAAAGCACUGUGAAAUGAAUGUAUUAAGCUGUUUAGAUCUUUAAUAUAUUAAUAACAUACAUUCUUAAUUCAACUAGUGUCAGUUUCCAGUCUCCUGCUCGAAAAUGCUCAGCAAUCCAGACUGCAACAGAUCUUGCUUCCAUAAAGUCAUAAAACUGUAAUGAAAUGUCCGCUUUUAAAAUAAAAAAAAAAAGUCUUUGCUGCAAAAUAACCAACUUUUCUUGCACAACAUGCUUUCUCAGCUGGCAAGGACUUUGACUUAGUGGGUUUUCUCACUGAGUGCUUUUAACUUCUUUUUAAAGCUUGCAAAUUUGAUUUGUUUAUUGUGUAGGAUUGCACUGCUGGAUAAGAUCAUGCUGCUGACUUCAGUCAAAUUGAGUGAAGGCCUGCAAUAUUUUCCAAGCAUGCAAUAUGAUAGCAUGUAGUAUCACAUUUCAAUAGAUGAAAUACAGUUAAAAUUGUCCAUCAUAGGAUACUAUAACGGGCUAUUGAUUUUUAGAUGCCACAGUUUCUCUUUCUUUGUAAUUGAAUUGUGCUCGUGAACAUAUGAAAAUGUUCAUUUGCAGAUUGAAGGUCAUAAAGUAAAAAUUGCACAAAUGUCAACCAUAUAUACAGGCUGGACAACAGUCUAAUAUUAAUUACAUUAGUUUUUCCAGAUGACUGCAUUAACAAUGGAGCUUGCAUAUAUAUUGAAUAGUGCAGGUUUUGUUCUUGCUAAUGGUAAAUUGGAAAAAAAAGACAUUAAUUGUUAUUCCUGUGCACUUAUUUAGAUGUGCCAGCUUUCUAGUUUCUAGCAAAUGCAAUGUCUCAUUAGAAUGAGAAGUAUCAAACAGCUUUCACUCCAGGUAGAUUGUAGGAAUGGGAUAGGAUUAAUGUACAUGUUGACUUAAAGGCUUAAAACAUCUUUCUAAAAAUUAAUGUUGUUCACAGACAGUUGCAUAAUUAAGGAUUUAGAAUGUAUGUUUAAUUAGUUUGUUACGGAGACAACUAGCCUAAUAGAUAUACAAUGAUUAACUCCAAUAUUAGUGUUUUAAUGGAGUAGGUAAUGGUAAUGAUAAUGACUGUCUUUUCAGCUUUGACCACUUAGUCCUUGCUGAGCGUCUUACUAGUUGAGUCUUGAAAUGUUUUGGUUUUUUUUUCCAGCUCUGUAUAGAGUUGGCACUGGAAAAGGUCCUGAAAGAUAGAAUCAUAGAAUAUCUCAAGUUGGAAGGGACCCAUAAGGAUCGUAGAGUCCAACUCCCGGCACUACAGCUAUGGCAGUAGUACAUGUUAUAACUUAUUACUAGUUGCGGUACAGUGGUGGCAGCUGGCAUUCCAUGCCCCAGGAGAUGAAAACAAGUUUAUUUGGAUGAAUUAAAGCUGUAGCAGCAUAUCAACAUGUGAUGCAGGAGCAGCUGCGUAGCUUCUUGAUUUCUAGAAGACUUGUGGCAUCUGACUCUAGAUGGUUAUACAAUGAACCUUGAGAAAUGUUAUGUGUGUAUACCAGCUACUCAGGGUAUCAUUGAUGGAAUACAUAAUGAGGCAAAGACCAGGUAAAGUAUAAUUAUAUAUUCGAAAACAAAACAAAAUUGGUAAGGCAGGAAGAAUAGUCUGAAAAAGUGAUUGGGAAACUUUUCUACUGUAAAAAUAUUUAUCACCAAACUACUCUAAAAUAUAACAGGUAUUUGAAGCUUAUGUACUGAUAUCUUCUGCCAUUUCAGAUGCGUUUGAAAAGUUUAAAACUCUGACUUAAAUUUGACACACAACUAUAACAAUGGGUGCAGUUAUGUCUGAACCUUAACACCUUGCAUGAAAAAACCAAGGUUACAUAAAUUUGUCAUUUGCUUUCAGACCUAUCACAGCAUGAAGAGUAAGAAAUAGUUUAGUAGCAUUUUCUCAGUAUUAUUCUUCUGCCCUUUUUUUGUGCAAUAAAAGUAGCAUGAUAAAAAUUGCCACCUCUGUUUCUGAAAAAACUGCCACCUCUGCACUGUGUUAAGUGGGAAGCGCUUAAAAUAUGGUCGACAUAGCAAUGCUGUAAGUGCUUAUAGUGAAAGUAAUGCACAGUGUUUUCUCUACCUCAAAUGUUCUUCAGUGGCAUUCUGUGCCAGGUCUUUAUUUGCUGGAUGAAGGAUUUUUUUAACAACUAGAAGUGGUUUUUCUGGUUAUCAUUCUCUGACCAUUUGGAAUUAGUGACAUUUGAGUCCCUGUAGGAUGGACUGGGAACAACUAUGCACGUAGUUUGUAUGAACUAUUUGAGCUGGAAAAAAAUUCUGUGUAGGGAUGUGAUUCUACAAUUUGUGUUAGGUUCUGCUAGAUUUUUCUGUCUCCUCUCUCAAAAAUUCUGCAUUGUGAACUGGCAGGGGUCGGUUCCACUGAAAGAUGUGCCAGCUUUGUUAUAGAACCGAAAGAAAAGAGAUUAUGCUAGCUGUUGUUCAGAUGUAAAAACACUAUUUCUCUCCUAAAAAGAUAUACCGAAGCUCUACAAGCUUCCUUGCAGCAGUAUUGCUGCACCAGUAUUUUAGCCUACUGAAAUUUGAGCUACCAGUGUCAAAUAUUGUUACUGAGCAUGAAUGAUGCUCCCUAUAAGAUUAGGGGUUUUUCCUCUAAUUAGAUAUAUAUAUAUAUAUAUAUAUAUAUAUAUAUAUAAAUCAUAUAUUGCGGUAAACUUGUGCAAUAAUUUAUGGAUGUAAUUUAAAAGAUUUUUUUUUUUACAAUGCAUGCAAGGCAGAAAAAACCUGAAGAUGUGGUGUGAUGGCAGGAAGGAGUUCUUGAAGAUCUGUUAUUAAAAACCUGAGGAAUACUACCGCAGAAGUUAGUCAAUAGGAGUAGAAAACUGUUACUCUUCAAAAAAUAAACAAAACCAAAUCCCAAAACUUACUUAUUGCAAGUAGUGUUUUUUUGGGUAGGACUGAUCAUUGACCAGAUCAUUUACUGUUAACUGCGUUUGAAAUUCCAGUUACAGAGUAUAUUGUAAUUGUUCUCUGAAGCCACUAAGAGCCAAAAAAUCGUUUUACUUCAACUGCAAAUCUAAUUGUUCUUUUCUGAAGUCUUACAAUAUUAUAUUUCAUAUUACAUGUUUUUAAUCAUAAGAAUGUCUUCUCAAACUUUUGUCUCCUAAAGUCAGUGGGAAUCUUAAAAUUGAAAUCUCUAUGUAAUGUUAUGUUAUGUAAUGUUAUGUUAUAUAAUGGCAGGACUUAAAUAGUUGGUGAAUUUGACUGUGUUAAAUGAAUUGUGGAUAUAUUUUAUUAACUUAAUAACCUCAUACAAACAAAUGUACUAAUGACAUCAAAGAAAAUUCAGUAAAAGCAGAGCAAACUUUUAUGUAGCUCACAGGCUAAUGGAAGAAGGCCUCAAGUUUUCACUGCCUCUUAAGUUGUCUUAACAUUCACAUGAAAUACUUUUUGGUUUUGGGGUGGAAGUUUUGUUUGGGUUUUGUGUUUGUUGUUUUUGUUUGUUUGUUGCAACAGCAGCCCAGCACUGUUAGAGCUAAUGGUGUAGACGUUCUUUGUAUUCAGUAAUACAAAGAGAAUAUAAAACUAGCUAUUUUAAAAGGAAAAGAAAUUAAUAUGGCUUACUGCAGCAAAUUCAAGCAGCAACCUGAUCUGGCAUAUUAGGUCAGAGUGCUUGCCUAGACAGGAUCUAGAGCUUCAUGUAUGUUGGGAUUAAAUAUGAUCAUCUUUUCCUAUAGCUACUUGCAAAAUAGAAGAGGAUCUGUUAGUAACCUGCAUGCUGUUGUUGUGAGUGGUUGAUCAUGAUUCCCUCUUGAUCACUAUUUUCAAUCCUACCCAUUAUUUCUAUCCCAACAGUUUUCUUCCCAGUUUAUUGCAUGCUCAAGUUCAAAAGAAAUAGUUUUGCUUUCUGUGGAAUACAAAUAAAUGUUCUACAGUGGAAAAUGUAGCCCACCAUUGCACUGCCUUUACCCUGUCCUUAAGGGUACUUCGAUGGUCAUACGAAGCCUUUUUUCCUUUUGUGUUAUGUCAGUGUUGAGAGAUUCACUGAUCAUAUCUGUUCUUGUUGUAUCUCAGGUUGACCUUGGCACAGCAGGAAAAGUCUUCCGCAAUAUGAAGAGACACCAGUACUUGGCAAUUCGUAUGAUAAACCAGUGAAUUCUUUUUAUACAUUUUAACUGCCAAGAUUCUAGGCAGUAAGUUGUGUGAUAUAUUCCAUGCAGGGAGAAAAAGUAUGGGAAUAGCAAAUCAUAUAAAAGAUGAUGGCUAUAGAAGCUUUAGGAUACCAUAAAAGUGUGUGUUUCCAGAGUUUCACUAUUAAGUGGAAAGGAUCUGGCUCUUGCAGGAGAAUCUCUGUCUAGAACCCAGGGAUCUCAUCUCUUACUUGCUGAAGAUUGUCUGCAGCAGAAAUCCUGAGAAUCUUCUGAUAAAUGUCUCGAAUCCUGCAUGGAUGUCUGAGACCUGGAACACAGAAAUAUUUGUUUUGGCGCCUGUGCUAUCGUAUUGGUUUUAGACUACCAUUCUUGUCAUAGUGCCUUUUGUAAGCACUAUAUAGACACUUUGAAAGAAGUAGGUACUGCCCUGCAGAACUUAGAACCUGGAAAUGUGAGAUUGAUGGAAAUUUGGGGUCUUCAUUUUAUAGAUAGGAAACUGAUGAACUGAAAGAUUAAAUGACUGAUUUCAGGGUUACAUGGUAGAUCCAGAGCAGCAGAACACAUGCAGACUAGAGUCUGGUUUGAGCACUGUAAUAGAAUUCUUUGCUUCUUCCUAAUGUCACUAUGGAACUAGCAGAUUUUUUUUAAGAGAACUCAGUGUUGGGUAGCUUCUGCUAGAGAAGUGAUUAAGGCUGUAUUAGUGCACCUUUUCUUUUGCUGCAUAGACAUACAGAGAUGGAAAUGCCUGCUCCCCUCUUCCCCCCUGCUUUUGUGCUUGCUCCGUAUUUGCAAACAGGAAGCCACGUUUGUUGAGAGGGGUAGAAAUAGUGCCCUCGCGUGUUACUUCACUUUGUCAUCUUAAAAUGCAAUAGCACCUCUUAUCAGCUAAAAAUCAAGAAUGGUACACAAGUGUUGUCACUGCAAUGUAGCUGUUUUUGUGGAAUAAUAGCGAAGAAGAGAAUAGAAAUAGCAAAGGGGGGUCAGUGUGUCAUGGACCAGUAGCAAAUAUUACGUACAUGACGGUUAAGUCCUGCUCUCAUGCAGAAACAAUAGAAAUCUCUCAAAAGAGAACAAAGAAAUCUUGUGUUACACAAAGGAGAGAGGGGAAGAAAUACUCCUGUAUCUGAAGUAUUAACUGCAUAGUACAGCUUCUCUAAGAGGGGAAAGAAAGCUUAGUUUUUUCCCUCCCACCAGAGGCCCGGUCAGAUGGAGAUUUAAAUGCCCAAGCUACCUGACAAAACUGGUAUAUAUCCCAAUAUUUGCAUAAAAGAUUUAUUAAUUUUUUGAAAAUGUAAGUUUGGUAGGAAUGUUUUGGUGGACUGAGAUUUCAGUGACAAAUAGAAGUGAUACAUCAGUUUUUCCAUUCUUGCCCCCGCCCCCCCCCCCCUCAGUUUUUAGUAAUCUUUAUGAAUUACUAUAUGUAUUUUCUUCCCAAGGAUAAGGAGUAUAAGCUUAAAAUUAGCAUCUUGUCAGUAGGAAAGAAUGUAUCUUCUGUAUAGCCUGUACAAAAAGCAAAGUGUGUUUGUGUAUCAUAGGCUUUGCAGGCCUUGACCUCUGGAGAGGCCAUGUGGGUUUGAAAGUUGGCAGAGAUGAUUUCAAAAAGUAAUGAGCUCAUGACCUGGUGUUCUGAAGUAGUGCAAGAGACUGUCUCGGGUACUGAUCCAAACUGGGAUCUCAAAAGUGGCUACUGCAGCUAAGAUUUUUGCUAGAUUUCAUGUGGUCUCCCUACUGGCAGCUUGAUUUUGAACAAAGAUCUUGGCAAAAGGUUCCCAGGAUGAGAAAGAACUUUGUGAGAUGUAAAAAGGACACUAGGGCUUGAGGCAUCAGUUCUGUUUGGGAUAGUCUUACUGAGUGCCUACACUUGCACAUUUUGCCCUUGGCGUUUUCUGGUCAGACACAUUAAUCUUGCUUCUACCAACUAGAAAUAUGAGGGAGAAAAGGAUGUCACUUUGUGUGUGAUAGUGACUUCAAAAAUGUCUAAUUCAGUGUACUCUAAAAAUACUGUAUUGACUUCAAGAUUUAGGCCCUGUUAAUAGCGGUGAUAUUAGAUUGAUUUGGGACUGCAGGUCCUAUAUCAUUUAGAAGAGAGAAAGAAUUGAAACAAACUGAAACUAACUUUCUGUUUAAAAAAUAAAAAAGAAAAAGAAUUGGAAGUAGAUUGGCAUGGGAGUGAUGAUUAGGAUAUCUGCUGUUGUGUUGAAACAAACUAACUUUCUACAAAAUUGAGCUAAGUAAUCUAAACUGUGUGUGCAUCUACCCCUUUAUAGUGUGCCAAGGUUAGUGAUGUCAUUUAGAUUUAUAUUUUCUUUCAUCAGAUGUUGGCAGUGUAAGCUUUUGUUUUGCUUCUGCAUUACCGUGAGGGCACAUGGAACCUAGUUCUUCAAUGGACUGAGUACUUUCACAGGAUGACUCCUUGGGUAAGGGUGUUACAGUAAACAAAACAAAAAAAAAACCUCCUAAGGUAGAGCAACAGGUAGGUUAUCUGAUGUUGGUUUACAAAUUCUGUGUCAAGCUGACUUAAAAGAAAGGAACAAUCAGUUUGUUUUCGUGGUCUUAUUUUAUGAUGAUAGUCAUAAAAACUCUGUUUUUGUAUUAGCAAAAUCAAGGAAACUUUCACAGUAUUAUUAAUGUUUGAAAUACGAAAUGUAUUAUGUUGUUUUAAAAUGGGAAAUCUGCUUUUGGCCCAAAU